CGCUUGAUAGCAGGCAGUGUCGUGAAAGGCCCGUGAAGGACGGAGCUCGGCGGGGGGUGGUAAUUAGUUCUGAGGGUGUCAGUGUCGUGACAGCGUCCGUGUCGCGACUAAGCGCGGAGCCAUGCCGUUCUGGGAUUUGCAGAACCAGCUGGGCAUCGAUAUGGACCGGUGGAUGCUGCGGCAGAGCAUGCCUCAGCCCUACGGCAAGGCCGGGGCCUGUCACGCCUUCGAGCGCGAGUGGGUGGAGUGCGGGCACGGCCUGGGCCAGACCCGCGCCCGCCGCGAGUGCCAGCCCGAGUACGAGGACUUCAUGGAGUGCAUGCACCGCACCAAGCUGGCCGUGCGGCUCAGAACCAUCCUUGAGCAGAGGGACAAGAUGAUCAAGGAAGGGAAGUACACGCCGCCCGACUACCACAAGGGCAAAGAGGAUGCGCGGCCUUGAUUCGUGGCGGACAUGGCCGUCUGUCGCCUGUGGAGUCGCUGACGUGGAACUCCUCUGGGAAGAAAACCCAUGGGACAACCGGGUUAUGCUGUAGUGGUGGGGUGGGGUCUGCGUGGGGGCUCCUCCCCUGCUGAAGGGGAGUGACACCACAUCAACCCUCGCUUGGGCUAGUAAAUGUCUCCUUCGGAACAGGA